AUGACAGGCCCAUCUGGAGCCGGUCCAGCUGCAACAGCACCAGAUGCAGCGACAGCAGCAGGAACAGAAGCAGAAGCAGAAACAGGAACAGGCCCAUCAACAGGCCCAUCAAUAACGGAAGACAGAAGAACAGAAGCGGCGCCAUUCUCUAAUUUAUCACCGAACCGCAACGAAGACCACAACCAAGACCAAGAACAAAUCAACCGACCAGUCUCUUCUUCCUCUCGCCAAUCUCCCACAUUGAAGACCUCCGCUUUUUCGGAGCCAGGGUUUCCUGACAAUCAACAACAAAAUGCCGCCGACCCAUCUCUAGACCUUUUGACAUUUUCUGACGUCCCGACCGAUUUGACACAGCUCGGACCUCUCCCUGCCGAAAAUCCCACCACCAAUCCCAAUCCCAAUAUCAAUAAUAAUAACAAUAACAACAACAACGCUGUGAAUAUCGAUACUUCUCCCUCCUUCAAGGCCAAAAAUCAUCAACCGCGCAAACCCUCCCCCGGCCUAGCAGCCCGUCUCAAGGCUUUGGGUUUCGGUUCGCAGAGACAAUCCUCCUCAUCCUUACUUCAAUUACCACAACACGAAAUAGGUCGUUUGCCCGAAGAUCAACUACGAUUACUCGAUCAGAACCAUCAAGCCAAUUCUAGCGAACUAGUCGUAGAACGGCGCGGUCGUCCUUGGAAGGGUGCCGGAACCCCCUUUCAAUUAUUAAGAUCUAAAUCUAGUCGCGACUCAUUUCGAAGGAAGAGCACGAGUGAAGACGAAAGGCCACCAUCUAUCGUUCAGGCGGAAUCCACAUCCAAGCCUGAGCUUCUGCCUGAAAUAACAGAAGCUCCGCCUUUGGAUAUGGAUACCAACAAAUAUCGGUUGCCCGACCAUACGAACGGAAAUGGCACCAAGGCGCAGUUAGACACGCGUAAAGAACAUCUCGAACGAGAUUCUAACCCCCCGGCGCUAGAACCUGAACCUGAACCCGAAGAAUCAGAAAUACCACCCCCUCUACCGCCCAAGGAUACGCCCCCCGGAGGCACAACUCCCGCCGACUUUUCUUCUGAUCUUCCCACCUACUUCAACCCACUCGGUCUUCAGCGGCCAGGAUCCAUCUACACGAUAUCUCGUGCCUCGUUUGCUAAUCAAUUAGCCCAGCUUACCGCGUUGCAGCUGCCCGAUGCCGAAUUGUUAUCGAGUAGGGUCGCCGCUAUCCCCACCGCGCAGGCAGCAACGAAGGCUUUGCUGGGUGCUGCUGAACAAAUAAGAAGUUGGAUUUCGAAAGCCUCCGAGGUUAUUGGAGGUUUAGACAGUGACGAUGAUGUCGAAUGGGCGGCGGCUGGUGGCAGAGAGGGGUACGAAGAGGUAGAGAACGCCAUCACAAGAUUCGAGAGCUUAAUCAAUGUCUACGUCGGCGCCAUCGAAGAACUUCAGAAUCGACGGGAUAUUGGUAACGUGUCCGGCGAGGACUUGCAAAAGGCAGUGACGCAAAUGGAGGCCAUAAUGAACGAAUGGGCAAAGAUUCGCAAUACGCUGAAUACCGUUAAAGGGCAAGUCGAGACAGCUAUGGAAUGGGAAGAGCUAUGGAACAUGGUCCUUGGCGAUAUCCAGAACGAGAUGGACGAGUUGAGCCGACUGAUAUUCGAGAUGGAGGAACGACGUCAUAAAUCUAUGAUGGCAGUUUCGAAUGGGGACGCGGUGGAUAUUGGCGAUUUAGAGACAAUUGUCGAGGAAACACCACCAGCCGUCGCACGCAAUAAUCGAUUUAGCGUUCCUUCGUUUCCGCUCAGCCCAAGCUCGCCGGGAACACCCGCUCUUACCCAGGAUGACUCAAGUUUGCUUGCCCUGUUUGCAAGAAUGCAACCAUUGAGAGCCUCAUUGGACUUCUUACCUAUGCGUUUAUCAGUAUUCGAAGCAAGAGCUUCGGGGGCCUUUCCAACAGCCUGUGAAGAGCUCGAGAUGAGGAGAGAUGGGUUGGAAGCUAGCUACAAGAAGCUCGAGAAGGAUGCCGAGUCCCUGAGAAGAGAACUUGGCGAAGAUAAAUGGGUUCUCGUAUUCCGCGGUGCCGGUAGACAGGCUCAGAAGAUGAUCGAGUCUGUUGACCGGAGCAUGCAAAAGCUGGGCGAGGCUGUGGACCAAGGGUUGCAGCUCUCGAGUCCCGCAGCGAUGAGUAAGAAGAUCGAGAGCUACGAGGCCAAGAAGGUGCAUUACGGACCAGCGAUCGAACGCGUGCUAUCUAUCAUCGAUAAGGGUGUCAAAGACAGACUAACAGUCAAUGGAGAGAUUCUCCGGUUACACAACGAGUUGCAAUCGAAGUGGGAAGAAGUAAAGGACUCGAUGAGGAAAAUGGGUAUUAUCUUGGAAGAGAUUCAGUCUGACAAGCAGAGCCAACAGUUACGGGACUCUAUCUCGAGCAUGCUCUCGAAUGAUAGGUCUACAGUUGCUAGUGGCAAUGAGACACCGGGAAGCUCGCCUCCAUCAUCGGUCGUCAUGUCUAGCCUAGGUCUCGACCCAGUUACUCCUUCAUCCCAGAACAAGAGGCGCAACACUAAGAGCGGUGGGACUCAUCUACCUCAACCCGCAACAGCUCGUAGAGGUAGUUCAAGCUUGGCACCCCCCUCACGAAGUCGGGGCGCCGGAUCUCGGUUGUCUAUGCUACAACCAGGUACCUCUAGUUUGACAACGCCGCCUCGAAGUGGCACUGCCACCCCUCUUGCUACUCGCCUUCCUAGAUCUACUUCUAGUGUUGCCGAUAAUCGCCCGCGAUGGAACUCUUCUACGAACACGAAUGACUCCGAUGUAGGACACAACUUCAAGCCUCUCACCCUCACCACUCCUAGCCCAUACGCCAAGAAGACCCCUACUUCUAUCCGUUCAAAUUCUUCCCUUACCCCGGCUUCUGGGGGCUCCAAGCUUCCGCUCCGCAGUGGUUUAGCGAGGGCCUCUUCGUCCUCUCCCAUUCCCGAGGAUACACCUCCCAGGAAGAGUGCUUCUCGGCUUUCCUUCCGCGAACGUAUUAAUGCCGCAGCUUCAGGGCAAAAUGCCCAAUAUUCUGCCGCCAAACCCCGACUAUCAAUGCAGUUAUCUGCCUCUACAAAUGAGAACCGAAGAGCAUCUUUUUACCCUCCAAGGCCAGAUAGCAGUAUCAGUGACCCAAGGCAGCGACCAGCUAGCUCCCUGGCCACGACUAAUCGACGUUCGAGCUUACUGCCUCAGCCUAAGUCGAAUUUGGAAGAUUCAACGGGUCGCCAUAGCCCACAUGCUACUGCUGCGGCUCGUGUUGCUAUGCGUAAGGGUAGCAGCGCAGCAGAAUCAAAACCGAAAGACAAUAAACCUCGUUGGCACUUCUAA